AUGGCUCAAAUCAUCGAGGUCGAGAAGGAGAAGCAACGGGAGCGGAUGACACGAUGGCAGGGCCGGAAGGAAGUGAGCGAGGUCGUCACGGCUGAAGCGAAACCCGAUCCAGACCGAGUCGCGUUGCGGACUGGGGAGAUCCGAGACACACACACCCCAGACCGGGACCCGGGAUGGUAUCGAUAG